AUGUGAUUUACCUUUGCAGGCUAAGCUGUGAUUUUGAAGCGUUGUCCCAUGGUACUGGUCUAAACGUAACUAAGGCCUUGUGAUCAGCAACAACUGCACACAUGGGAUCGUAUUAGUAUUUAAUGGGUAUUAAAUAUGGGCGCACUGCUGGACUUGUCUGGGGGCAUCUCUUUCACAAAACUCGAAUCACAUUGGCUGAGGCACUGGGAUUUGUUUGGCAUGCCUCGAACCCCAAGUGCAACAAACAACGCUUUGAUUUCUGUGUGUAAAAGAGAAUCUUAAAUUCUUCCACAAUCAUUUUUUUAUUCUAUCUUCUACAGUAUAUACUUAUAGAAUGCUCGAUGGAAGGUGUUGCUACAUCAAACAAAGUUUGAAGCCUGAAGCCGUGUUGUCAGCAACAGCAACAGCAACACCAACGCAACUCCCGUCUUUUCUUCAAGUUCCUUACAAGAUCUUCCUUGUUUUACAAUCACCAAAUUUUGAUCUUCGUCUCUUCGGCUCAUGACUCUGCGAGACAUGUAUUAAUUUCUAAGGUAAGAAGUUCUCUUCCCAUCUUUACCAGCUUCCCCGAGUGCGACAGUACUGGUUACUGUAUGUGGUUUCUGGUUGACUUGAUGAGCAAGAAGGAAAAGAAUUCUUCAUCUUUCUCGAAUGUUGGCGUCCGUAUUCACUAGGACGUGACAAAAAGGUAAAUAAACCUGAAGCUACAAAAGUUCUGGCAAUUCUAGCAUGUAACUAGGAAAUUGUGCAAGAGAACAAGAAAUCUUAUUGGCAUGAAAAAUAUGAGGUCUAAGUGGAAAUCUUUUGUUUCAGUACACUUUUUAAGUACACAUUGCAUCAGCUAUGGUACAUGAUCAGUGAAAUUAAAUCACACCAAUAAAAUUCGAAUUUUAAUCUAACAAAAAAAUGCAGCUUCUUUUUCAGAUAAAUUUCUCGGUACAAAAUGCGUCAAGGCACUUUCUCAAUGCGAAUGAUGACUGUACAAUGUUGUGAGUCUUGAUAUAUGUAUAUACCAUCAUUAAGAUGUCCCAGUCCCAGUCCCAGUCCCUGUGGCAGUCUGGCAGUGCUAACUUACUGUUGCAAAGAAGGAAAAAGCAAUCGGUUUACACUGAGAAGAUCUAGAUUUAUUCAGUCACCAAGAUUGUGUUUCAAAUUCGUCAAAUUGUGAGAAGAAUGUGUUUUAGCUAGACACAAGAUCCAGUUCCAGUUUCAGCACAAGUGACCUUGUAGGGUUUCUCCACCAGUCAAAGAUAGCCUAAAAAGGAGUAUACAAAGUCAUCUGAUCAUCUUGAAUGGAGAAGCUUCUUAAUCCGUACGAUAAGGAAUAUAUGAAGACGGCCAUGUUGAAGCAUGAGGAAACAUUUAGAGAGCAGGUUUAUGAACUACACCGUCUAUAUCAAAUUCAAAAGCUGCUAAUGAAGAAGAUUGCAAGCAGCCAGAAACACGGCCAAGAUUCAGAUACACGGAAUCUCAAGAUUGUUAGUAUAUCAAAUCAGACAAAUGAUCAUCAUGCAGAUGUAGAGAAAAGGCCGCGACUGGGCCUUGAUUUGGAACUUCCCGUUGACGAUUACUUUCAGGGAAUCGAACGGAAUGGGACGGCAGGAAUUGAUGAUGAAAGUGAGCUGGAGCUGACAUUAGGCAUUGGCCCGUCGAGUAACUGUGGAAGGAGAAAAUCUUUGGAGAUGUCAAUCCCUUCAGAUUCUGCAGCGAGUUUUUCUUCUUCCUCCACAGGAUCCAGCAAUAUAAAGAGGACAAAUUCAGGUCUAAUUAAUCAUCAGAGGACAAAUGCAAUUCGAGAAGAAUUUAUUGGAAGGAAAUGGGGAUUAGAGCUGCCCGGUUCCAAUCCUAGUUUAUUAGGUUCAAGGAAGAAAAGUUCUGACAUUGAGGAGCAAUUGAGACAAGACAGACAUAGUAAUCCUCCUUGGCUUUUACAAGCUUUGAGUCUUAACACGAGUUGAAAAAUCAUCUAGAGUCGGUAUGAAAAUAUUUUAGACUGAUUCUUAUCGGCUGAUUAUGGUGAUAGUUUGAUAAAAUUUCAACUCAGUUUUAAAUCCUGCUUGUAGAUUUAAUUGUCCUUCCUCAUCUGGAAUAGUACGUCUGGUCUGUAUGUAGCAUGCUAAUACUCGGCAUCCUGUUCUUUUUCCAGUCAA